GGACCCUACAGCGCGCAGGGCAACUUUCUCUCAUAUUGAUACGCGCGGCUCUGGCUUUGCGCUAAAGCACGACGCCGUCGUGGAAGAAACUGAUGAGAUUCUAAGUAAAGAAAAAAAAAACAGCAUCAAGAAGCAAAACAAAACGAUUGAAGGAUUUUUCGAGAGAUUAUUCUGUUUGAGCCAAUAAUGAUCUCCACAUGCAUGACAGGACAUCCUCUUCUUGCCGUGUAAUUAUACAGCUGUACGUGUAGGUCCGACUCGUUACCUAAAAUUCUCAUUUGACACAGAGAUGGAUCUGUGGGGAGUUUAUCUGUUUCAUCUCAUAACUUUGGCUCUGUUAGAGGUUAUUAUGGCCGGCAGAGACUGCUUGGUGGCUGGAGACUCUUGCUCGAGCGAUGAGACUUGUAGUCCACGUUUGCGGACUUUACGUCAGUGUGUGGCGGGCAACGGCAGCGUGAAGCUGGGCCCUGGUGCCAGGAGCCAGUGUGCCAACGCAGUGUCUGCCCUACUUUCCAGUCCCUUACAUGGCUGUCAGUGUAAACGAGGCAUGAAGAAAGAGAAGAACUGCCUUAGCAUCUACUGGAGCCUUCAUCAGUCCAUCAUGCAUGGACUCAAACUGGUGGAGAGUUACCCCUACGAGACAGUGCAGAGGAAUUACGACUAUGUCCGCUUGGCCUCAAUUACUGCUGACUCUGAUGUUGGCAUGACAACUGUGAAUCGCUGCCUGGAUGCAGCCAAGGCUUGCAAUGUGGACGACUUGUGCCAGAAGCUCCGCACAGAAUAUGUCUCAGCUUGUAUCAAACCCACUGCCAAGUCGGGCUUGUGCAACCGGCCUAAAUGCAAUAAGGCUCUGCGCAGGUUCUUUGACCGUGUCCCUGCCGACUACACACAUGAACUGCUAUUCUGCCCCUGUACGGACAGAGCAUGCUCAGAGCGUCGAAGGCAAACUAUUGUACCCAGCUGCUCAUAUGAAAGCGUGGAAAAACCCAACUGCAUUACACAGAUGAGGUUCUGCAAUGCUGACUAUGUGUGCAGGUCUCGCCUGGCACAGUUUCAGUACGAUUGCGAACCCUUCGAAAUGUCUGCCAAUGGCUGCAAGCAAGGGAACUAUGGAGCCUGUCUCCUCGCCUACACGGGGCUCAUAGGAAGUACAAUAACUCCCAACUACGUGGACAACUCCACAUCCAGUGUGGCUCCAUGGUGCUCCUGCUCAGCCAGUGGGAGCCAGAGAGAUGAGUGUGAAAACUUCCUGGGAUACUUCACUGACAACAUCUGCCUCCAAAAUGCUCUAAUGACAUUUGGAAGCGAAUCACAGCAGCAGCCAACUCUCAGCCAGUCCAGUACACUGAGUCCCGGCCUCAGCAGCAGACAAAACGGGAGCACCACUCCUCCACAAGAAACCACAGAAACCACAAGGAACAUUCUGGAUACAAUAAUACCAACACAGGCCCUGGGAAAUGAACUACUGGUAGGCCAGUCCACCCUGCCAUCCAACAGCCUCCCAGUCUCUGCUUCACCUCCCAGCCUAAUGCUUCAAGCUGCCUUAGGCCUUCUGUUGUUGUUCCUUCAUCUGCUAAACAAUGGACACUAAAGUCUGUAUGACUGUGCGCUGAGGACCUUCCUCGUUUCAAACAGAUGGGAGGACCAGUGCAGUUCGAAGGAAAAUGGAUCGUGGGGCAUUAGUCCUCCCUCUAAAUAUGUACAGCAAUUCUGUUUUUUAUUAUUAUUAUUAUUAUUUCUGUGUCCACGUGGUCCAGUUCCACCUGCCUGUGUUCUCUCUCAGAGUGUGCGAGACUUCUGCAGACCGAAGCCAGCCUGUGCAUUUGUACUUUGUCGUUGCAAUCAAAUCAAGUUGAAAUGAAGUCAGACUACUGCUUUUGGGAACUAACCCAGUUCCCAGCUAUCCAACUGUAUCCAUUUUCUAGAGUUAUUGUGCAAAAAAUAUAUAAUGCAGAUGUGUAUGGAAGUAUGACAGUAUCUGUGAAGAUUUGUUUUAUCAACAGAAGCUCUUAUUUGACAUAUUCUAAAGGAAAAUGGCUGGAAUAAACCAGUGAUCUUUGUGGCCUCUCUGUACUCAAUGCGCAAAGUGAUUGAAAAGCUGCUGGAGCAUAAGGGGCUUUAAUACCUCUCUCCUCCGAUGACUGAAAGAGGACCAUUAUUUCUGACCAACACUGGAAUAGUGGAGAGCCCGACAGACAAUAGAACGACUAUUUGCUCAGACAUCUUGGACAAAUGUCAUGAUUCAUAGCUGUCCAGCAGUACAAUCUAGAAGAGCUGUACAUAAGAUAAACCGUGACAACAAGACAUUUGCCCUAUUUCAAAUCUUUUGCAUCACUUUGUUUGUUAUUUCUAAAGAUAAGCUAUUCAUCGAAUAUAGAAGUUUUUUUUUUUGACUGGAAAGGAAAAAAAAAUUCUCUAUACCUGUAGCUGCUGUAGUACACGUUUGUGAGCAGAAUACCCUUUAUUUCUCAUUGUGUAUGUGAGCAUUGCUGUGCAGGGCUCUUAGUUGUUCCAUAGAGGGAAAUGAAAGGUUUGUGUUACUGAGAGUUGCCAAUAUCAGUAUGGAGCCUGUUUGAGAUUGGAUAGUUAUGAAUGAUUCAGUAAUUUCUCCUCUGGGAACCAGUGAAUUCUGAAUAGGAUCAGAGGUGCUGCAAAUAAAAGUUCUCAGCUCAUUAUGUUUAACCAUUAGCAUCAUUCAAACUUUUUUUUUUUUUUGAAUGACCCGUGCUUUGUUUGGUGCUUUGAGGUACUGAAGUCUCAUGUUUGCCUAAACUAAUACUCAUACGCCUUCCACAAGUACUCUGGAGGCAAAUUUUAAGUUGAGAAUAUGAGUGUUUACAGCAUAAUCAAGACAUUUGUGACCUCAGACAUUUUAAAAUGAUUCUGUCUCACUGGAAUCUCAUCAGUCGCUUCACUUCAGCUGCUGCACAUACAACCUGCAU